UUAAAUUCAGUUGCCAAUUGGCCGCGCUCAAAUCAACAACUGUUCGCGGGUCUUCAAAUCCUAAGCGGUCUUUGUGAUCCUUGAUAAUAAAAAAAGGUUUUGAUAAAAUUCCGAGUGUUAUCAGACUUACAAAAUGUGCCUCCUGCCCGGUCGUUUCAUUUGGUCAGCCUUUAUUGUGAUGAUGUGGGGUCUCUUUUUUGUAAGUGUGGAGGCCAGGCCCCAAAGGAAUCUGCAGCACAUUGCGGUGGUGGAGAACGCCGCCUGGGAGAAGACGCUCCCCCAGCAGUUCCAGAACCCCUUCUACAAUACGCCCAGGGUGAGGGAUGCCCUGGCCAGAUCCAGUUGGUUCGGACCUGGCGAGGAGGUGGUUUAUGACAGACAAGCCGAGAAAAUUCCACGCAUGGAAAUUUACAAUGUGCUGUCCCAUGCGGGUUUAAUACCACGCCGACGUUUCCUUUAAAUUAAUAAUAAAUAUUUGAUUAUCUUUUUAUCUUAUGUAAGCAUUGUGAAAAUAAAAGUCAAAGUCAUUAGUUUUAGGAAAAAU